GUCCCAUGGGUGUGUUUCACCACAGACGCGUCUAAAGUAUCGCUCCUUGACCCGUGUGAGCUCAUAGGGGACUUCAUGAAAAAUGUACUGACUUAUAUUUUGAUGUAUAGAGAGCAAACGAGUCCGUUUUAUCAUAAGAUACUGAAAUGCAGAUAUCUGUACCACAGUGGAAAGCCCCGAAUGAUCGCGUUAAAGGUUCGGCCCAAAAAUGAUGCUGGAGCCAAACAGACAUGAGAAUGGAGGAUUUUUGCAAGUUUAUUGGAAAAUGAGGCGGCCAAAAGAGUGACGGUGCAACCCUCCGGUUCUCUAGAGCACCAGAGUACCUGGCCCCUCCCUCACACUCCUCUUCCUGCCCCCCCACUCGGCUGCAGCAGAGAACACCAGAGCCACGGCUGGAGAAAGCAUGUCUCCGAGCCCAAGGAAGUUGUGGAGGCCGCUGAAGCUGCCGAUGUCGGAAGGUGCUCCUCUGUGAAACGCUUCACCUUCGGCCCUGCUGGGAAAAUAGCCAGUGGCCCCCGCCCACGCCCCCGCCCCCGACAAAGACAUGAAGCGAGUGAGCUUGGCAGCCUGACUGAGAUGCUUCAGCUGGUAGCCGGGAGUCAACCCAGCCCCGCAAAUGAAGAGCCUCCAGUUCCGUAGCAUCGCCCCCAAGGCCUCCGUCAUCGUGCCUUCCCCGUCCUCUGCCGUCCUUUCCUGCCAGCCUCCCCCCGCCCUUCCCGAAGCCACCAGUGGAUCCAGCCCCAAGUCCAUCGUGGUGCCUGCCCAGAACUAUGCCCUGAUGCAAAUAGCCGGUCAGGAUGGCACAUUCUCCCUGGUGGCACUGCCCCCUUCCGUCCCUCCUCAGGCACCGCAACACAGGAAUCUCAAGCUGCCCAUUCCCAGAUACAAGCCGGUGAGGAGAGCCGGGACAGACAAGGUCAGGUCGCCCCCGACAGCCACACGGGUGAAAGCCGCCUCCAGGGUGGCCGCGGCAGUGAUGAGUGGAAUGUCGUCGCUGAUGAAGAGGAAGAAACAGGAGUGCAGGGGCGCUCAGAAGCCAAAGGAGGAGCCGUCGGAGAUGAUUUUCCUAGAUGCCGCCCGCUCCCACAUCUCCGUCACGGCCCUGCUAGCAGACAACGCUGUGCUGUCCCCGGGUUCUCAGUUGGAGCAGGUGCCGGAUAAUGCGGAACAUCCGGCCGCAGCAACAGUUCUUCAAAGUCCCGGCCCCCCGGCAACUCCGCUCAAAGUCUCCCCAGACAAACCCCAAGACCAAGGUGGGACUGCGACACCGACGUCCCAGUCCAAGGCUCCGGCAAACAGCAUUGCCCUCGUGUCUCCGACCAUCUUCAGCAAAGCCGUGCACAUCAUCCCGUCCCCUCCCAAAGGCAAGGUGCCCAUUCUACCCUACUCCAAAGUCAAGAGCACCCUCGUUCCGGCAGGCAAGCUCCACCUGCCCCAAGACCAGAAGGACUUAUUAGGCCAGGCCGGUCCCGUGAGCCCCAGAGCUCCUGCAUCCACCAACCUCAAAUCGUUUGAGGCCCGGGGGAGCAGCCCGGUGCCCAACUCCACUCUGCAGCGCCAAAUGAAGAGCUUGCUUGCCCCGUUGGCGGAAACCCUGGAGAAGCUGCCAGGGAAGAAGAGAGGAAGGAAGAGAAAGACAGCAGAAGAUAACCUGGCAUAUGAGGCGCGGAAGAGGAGGUCGUUGUCCUUCUUCUGUAGGAGGGCACCUGAAAAGCCAUCAAAUGUGGUUUCGGGUUCCAGAGAAGAAGUUGAGAUAUCAAAGAAGUACCGUAGCAUUCGACCCAAGCCGAUUUUGGUGAUGGAGACGCUACCCCAGCUCGUUAGCUUGCCUGCUCGUUCUUCAGACGCUCAAGAAGUUGAGCUCGUUCGGACGCCAGCUUGUCCUCCUCAGCAACCUCCAGUCAGCCUCCACCUGAAGGGAGCCUACCAUCCCAGAGUUCUUCUCACCGGUCGGUCGCUCCAUCGCUGCCCCACGUGCAACCGCUGCUUCCAGUUCAAGCAUCACCUGCAGAGCCACAUGAAGAGCCACGGCCGCGCCCGACCGUACGGCUGCCCCGCGUGUCGCAAAGCGUACGCCCACUCCGGCAGCCUGAGCACCCACAUGAAGCUCCACCACGCUGAGGCCCGACCUCGCCGCUCUCUGUGCUGCGAGUUCUGCGAGAAGGCCUUUGGGUACGUGGGCGUGUACUUCAGUCAUCUGCGAGAGGUCCACAAGGUCCUCCUCACGGUGGAGCCGUCUGUCAGCCAUCAUGAGGACAACGUGGCUGCUGAGGGGGACGCGUGGGAGACGUCAGAGGAGCGGCACGAUGACGAAGCUGUGGAGCUGCAGAUUAAAUGCGGUCGCUGCCAGGUGGUCACCGCCACUUUUGCCGACAUGAAGAUGCACCUGGUGUACGUUCACGGGGAGGUGGUCCCGGUCCGAAUUCAAGGGGGUGCGAGCCGGCAGGGCGGCUUCCAAGCGGAGAAGGAGCUGGUCAAGCGUGCCGCCCACUACUGGCAGCAGCUCAACGAGAAGAAGAGUCAUCUGCUGAAAUGCGGCAGCUGCGAUGAGGAGUUCUUCUCCCUCGCUAAACUCAAGCGGCACGUCAUGUUCCGCCGCUGCGGAAGUGAAGGGGAGCACGGCCACACCUUCCCGCCGUCAGAUGGCGUGCAAGGCCCGGGCUCGCUUGCAGGAGGUUCGGCCUUCAACUGUGUGCUCUGCAGCCAGGUGUUGGACACCAAAGAGCAGGUCCUGGACCACUGGAGGGGUCACCAUCGCUGCGAGCGGCCCGACGUGCUGUGGAUGGCCCUCAGCUCUUACUCCAGCCUGGAGGACCUGGAGGACCAGGACGCCUACCGGGAUCUGGACUCUGUUCAAAGUCCACAUUAACCAUCCUCGUGCUCAGACCGGCCGUGGAGUCCAGGACUGGGUGUGGCCCCCGUAGUCACUGAGCUCUAACCGUCAACCACGCAGGGAUUUUUAGGUUGCUUUCUCUCAUCUGGUCAACGUUUGUGCCAAAAACUUCAACGAAGGAAAGUCCAGCUAAAUGGAUUUGAAAGAGUUCAGGAGAAUCCACUGCAGCGUUCCUCUCCUCUUCUUGGCUUUGUCGGAAUGUCCUAACUUCAGUAUCCUUCCAUUGGGUUUUUCCAGUGGGGACAGUACAAAAUUCUACUAUUGUCCUUUCUGACCCCAAGUCCCACAUGACAUCAGCCCAACGUGUACCAAUGGAGUAUUUACACAAUGCUACAGCAAGUAGUACACAGUGGAACACACACUCUCCAAAGAAUUCUGUCAUUUUCUCAAAUGUAAACUGAAAUAUAUACAACCCCCCCCCCUGCACCCCCUACUACUGUCCAUCCAUCACCGUGACAGUCUCCCUUCAUGAAGUACAAGUACAUGCAAACGAGGAAACAUACCUGGCGGCAUGCAUCAUUGCGUCUCCCGGCCUGGGGUUCAUGUGGGCGAGCAUCACGCCCGCACGCCUGGCACCUCUGAUGGCGCUCCACUCCAAAGAUCCCACCAUCCCACAGCACGCCACCGUCACGCCGGGAAGGAUCCACGGACGCUUGGCUCACACUGCCAACAAUAUUAGGAAAAUAUGAGGAGAAUAUUAGGAGAAUCAAGUUGCAAUAUAUGAAAUAAGGUCUUUAUACAGUACACGUACAUACAGUAUGUACACCUAGGUACGUACAUGUGUAUUUUUGCUCAUUUCAUCUGUAAAGUAAAAAUCUUAGUGUUUGACCUAAAAGAUGAAUAUGCCAACAAAGAAGACUGAGCUUCCAGUACUUCACCAGUUCAACUUCUUUCCUAUACUGGAGUUUUGGAUACUUGGAUCCUACAAUUGACUGACUUUAGCCACUUCAUAUACUUCAUAUACUUCAUAUACUUCAUAUCCAAGUCAACCAUCUUGUCCAUAUCGCUUUGAUGCCCCCACCUUUUCAGGGUGUCCCUCAACAACACAGCUAACCGUGUGACCUGACCGUGUGACCUGACCAUGUGACCUAACCAUGUGACCUAACCAUGUGACCUAACCGUGUGACCUGACCGUCUGACUGCCUUGUGGCCUUUAAAAUACUGCGUCUGUGUCUCAAAUGAAAUACUUGCAUCAGUGUGUACUGAUUUUCGUUCUUCUCUCCUCCUGGCGCUGAAUUGCAACCACUCGAGUACCCCCCCCCCCACCUUGGCGUCUAUGCACGUCAGCACUGCAAGCAUUGAGUGCACUAAGUACAAGUACGCAAUUGAGACGCAGCCGUGAAGUAUUUAAGUAUUUGACUCUGUGGGGUGGGGUGGGGGGGUGUAUUCAUGCUUAUGUGUGUGUGUGAUGUACACCUAGUACACCUAGUACACCUAGUACGUUAGUACAUGUACCGUACCGUAUGUUGAAGCAGCCUCGCCACUCCUCCAAAGGACUGCGGUUGCUCGUACGCGUUGCCAGCUGCCGUGCGCCCUGGUGGAACUCCCGUGGGGUCGAUACCGUGGUAGUGUUGUCCAGAACUAUCUAUUUUUUACUAGAUGAACACGUUGUGGUGCUUCGUUGGUUGCAUUUGUUCAAAGUAUUUUUCUGGCGUGAGAGCCACGUGGUUGUACUUUGUCUUUCAUAGGAAGAAAAAAAUGGCAGGGUCACAUGAAUGUACCUGACAAAUCCUACCAAAAGUAGGCCUAUAUACUGUAGAUGUACUGUAUACAUAGCUAUAUUGGCAAACCAUAUAUAUUUUACAUAGAUCAAUCUACUGCUUGGUGACGAGAUCAAAGGCAAACAGAAGAAAGACACCAAACACAUGGUGAAACAUUGUCUUGGAGAUCAAGCGUGGCGCUACGUGCGUGGCGCUACGUGCGUGGCGCUACGUGCGUGGCGCUACGUGCGUGGCGCUACGUGCGUGGCGCUACGUGCGUGGCGCUACGUGCGUGCACGUGAAACCUUCUAGAAUAUCUCAACUGAAUUCCAAAAGUCAAAGUGUUUGCAUGUUUGUGUACUCUGACAGGCGAGUGUUUGUGACAAUAAAG